UGUGACUGGGAUAUAGAACGUGCAGUGCACAAGGCAAGAAGCAAAGCAACAGUUCGUGAACUAGGAGCUGAACAGUGCAAGAACAUUGUUUAAGUAUCCACACAGAAGAAAAGAAAAACAAACAACAUUGCCUUUUGGGGAUAUACUGGAAUUCACAAUGACCAAACUAACAACAGACAUCUUGUUAAAGAAUGGGCUUCCAAAAUCCACUAGGCUGAAAGAUAUUAAAACUCUGAAGCUGUCAAAGAUGAACCUACAGUCAAAUAACCUGGACCCACAGCUAUUUUCUCAAAUGGAGAAACUUGAAGAACUUGAUAUCUCCAAAAACUUACUGUCUGAACUCCCUGAGAAUCUCAACCUUGUUAACCUGAGGGUUCUAAACUUCGCUGAUAACCAGGUUGAAGAAGUCACUACCUUGACUCAGUUUCCCAACUUGGAGGAGCUUAUAUAUGAAGAAAAUCUAUAUUUGACAGUGAGCGAUAACUACAAGGUUUUUUGUCUUUUACCUAAGCUACGAAGGCUAAAUAACAAAGAUAUAACAUCUUUAGCCAAUCACGUAAGGUUUGUCAACCACAGGGAGCUUAGCAACAGAGUUGAAGCUUACUGGAAAAAUUACAAAGACAACCUUCUAAGCCAUCCUUCUGCUGAGGAGAUCAAAGCAUUCAGAAAAAACUUUAUGAAGUCUGUAGUUGAACAUGUUCAGUAUGGACCAAAUUCUCUAAAGGAUUUCACCAAAUGGAAAGUAAAAAUGAUUGCGCAAGAUCUCCUCUCUUCUGUGUUGGAUAACAAGGAAAAAAAGACUCCAUCUAAGACUGAACCAACAACAAAGGAAGAUGAUACCAUUCAGGCAUUGGGAAGUCCCAAUAAACAUAAACGUGAUCGUGCAAAGGAUUGUACAGAAGACUCUCCCACGAAGAAGAUAAAAACAGUGUUUGAUAUUAUAAAUACUCCGUUGUCACCCAGAAGAUCCAACAGGUUGCACGAAAGCCCACUUAAAUGUACUCCAGUGAAGAACAAACAUAAUAUGACUUGUAAAAGCGGUGAAGAUGGAUUGCAGAAAGUGAGACUAAAUAACACCCCUUCAAAAAAGCAAAACAUAGAAGUCAAAAAACAAAUUGUGCAACAAAGUAACUUAAAAACCAGUAAAAGACUUGAAAUGGAACCACUACAUUUUCUUCAGUGCCACAGUAAAAACAACAGUUGUGAGGACUUUAAAACGCAGUUGUGGGCUUGUGCGUUUGAACCCAAUGUAGAUGCUUCGUCAAGCAGAGUUGUUGCAACCUGUGGUGGGGAUUCUGUCUGUCUCAUUGACUGUGAGACCGGAAAGGUUUUGAAGAAAUAUAAAGUGGCUGGUGAGGAAUUUUUCACAUUGGCUUGGACAACUUUAACCAUGGUAACCAAAGAUGGAGCGAAAAGGAAAGUCAAUGUUUUAGGAGCUGGUGGUAAACUUGGAACUGUAAAAUUAAUCCAGGCAAAAGUCAAUUUCUGCUACGGUGAAAUAAAGGCUCACAAAAAGGCAAUAUCGUUCAUGUGCUUCAGCCCGAAACAUGAUACCUUCCUCUUCACUGGAUCCUAUGACAACCGAAUUAUAUUAUGGGAUAUUGGUGUUCCUGACGACGAAUACAAUUUCAGAGCUAGUCAGUUGCUGACACUUGACACAACAUCUACGCCUUUGAGAAUGUGUCCAGUCCCUGCUUAUCCAGAUGAGUACCUGUUAGCUGCUUGUGAUAAAGGCUGCUUCUUGUAUGACAUCAAACUCAACAAGCAACAAGGAAGACGAUCUCAUGUGGCAGAAUUCAAUUUCCCAAUUUACAAGAAAGAGAAUAAGGAGGCUGACUAUCACGUUAUAGAUGGAAUGGCUUUCCUAAAUGAGGACAUAGUAGCUUCUAAAAGCUCAAUGCAAGGAUCUAUAUACCUGUGGAGUUUUGAGAAGUCUUAUAAAGGCCAGAAGUCAAAAAAUAGGAAAAAUUAUGAUGCAGUUAUUCUCACUGAGCUGAAUUGGUCAGAUACUGAAGAACCUUAUAUAACACUCACUACCUGUUUAGAGAGAUGCUGUGUGUUCUGUGGUGAUGAAGCUGGAAAAGUUUGGAUAUAUGAUCUUGAUUCCUGCAAAGCCGAAAUUAUUAAAGGAAUUGCAUCCAAUGGGUUAAAAGAACCAACAAAGAUUCUUCAGUGGCCAUCUCUUACCUGCAAAAAUGAAACUUUUGAUGGAGCGUUGAUAAACACUGUGGCUGUAGAUGCUGCAUUGCAAUACCUUGUGGUGUUAACUGAUAAAAACAUAGUUUCAAUAUGGAAAGUAUUAUGAAGAAAGACAAUUACGGAUGCAACGUUUGGUUCUCUGAGACAGGGACUUUGUUAAAGAAUUUACAUUUUUAUUUGCUUUUAUGAUUGUAAAUCAAGACAGGCAUCUAAAUAUUUUAUUUUAUAUUUUGUAUAACAAAUGUACAUAUGUCGUUCUAUAAGUCAUUUAUUACUUUAAGUAGUACUGGUGUUUGUUUUAUUGAUUUUUUUUUUAUAUAAAAAAAAAGGAAAAUUCCCUAGAACAUAUUUUACAACA